UCUCCUUCCAACACCCAGUCAACUUCUAUGCUUUCCCUUUUAAAACCCAUUUAUAAAUCAUCAUCCACACUUUAUUUCUUCUCUAAGCAUCAACGACCCACAAAUUAAUACUCCAAUAUUCAGGCAUUUGAGGCUGUGCUUGCUCAGUUCAGGUUGCAUUCAUUAAAAAUAUAAGCUGCCUGUUAUUUUCCUUUUGCCUUCGAAUGAUGUCGAACGGCGAUUCACAAAGUAUAAGCCUGAAGGUGCUGGUGGACAAAGAUAAAAACCGUGUUGUUUGUGUCGAGUCCAAUGAGGAUUUUGUUGAUGUUCUCUUCAGCUUCAUGACUAUGCCUCUUGGAAACUUUAUCAGAGUUGCUCGUGAACACUCAAUAGAAGACCAUUUUGGUUGUUUGAAUAACUUAUAUGAAAGUGUGGAGAAUCUUGACGAGAAACAUCUACAAAGUGUGAAGUGCAAGGACAUGCUGCUUCGUCCUCGAAGUGCAGCUGAAAUUUACUGCAUGAACCUAAAACUGAAUUUUGUUAAUAGUGAUACUAAUGAGUACUAUAUGUGCUAUUACGAUCACUGUUUUGGUCCUUACUACAAUGCUCGUUGCCACUGUGGACGUGUCAUGGGCUGCGCUAGGAACCUCGAAGUGCAAGGACAUGUGCCUCCAGAUGGAGGGGUGUUUGUGAAUCCUACUGCAAGGUUGAUGAUAACUGAUGACUUUCAUGUAAAGCCCAUUUCCACUACGAGUAUCUUAGCUCUGCUCAGUAAGUUUGAAGCUACAGAUAGUAGCACAAGAGAAGAAAGGACCAUAAACAUAGGAAGGGAUAAGGUUAUGAAAUUGCUCAGUUGUUCAUUGACAACAAGGGCUCCAUUCUCGGAGAUCAUCUUGGAACCAGCAAUUGACAAAAGCAGUUUUGACAUUUGCCACGAAAAGUAUGGUCCAAGAAGCAUGAAUCAACUUCAAAGGGCCGUGGACGCAACAAAAAAUGAAACAAAGACAACUUUGAAUCUUAUCAUCAGAAAAUCUAGUAACAGGGCAUUGUAUGCAGAAGCAAAUGAGGAUUUUGUUAAUCUUAUUGGCAGUUUCCUCACAUAUCCGCUUGGUUAUAUCUUUGAAAAGUUGCCUUGUUUGUCCUUGAGGGGAUGCUUAGAUAAUAUGUACAAGAGCAUCCAAGAUUUGGAUGCUAAGAAAUUCUUAAAAUCUGAGGAGAUUAAGGCAAUUUUAGUCAAUCCAAAGCUGGCCCGAGGACUUGCAUUGCAUAACCAACUCAUUUCCAUCGAGGAAGCUUCAUAUCCAUCUCACUCUACUGCUUCUUCCCUUUUCAAUAUCUCUUCCGGUGGAGGUCUGACCCGUCCAGUGGAAGCAAUAACUGGCAAUGGAUUCUUUAGGGGACCUUUCUUGGUGACAGACGAUUUGACCAUAAUGCCUUUAUCUCUAAUGUCUAUUGUAUGUUUUAUGGACAGAUUUAAUAUUUCUCACAGUGACAUUUUAGAGCAAGAAGUGACUAUCGGUGUGGAGGAGGCUUUGUGUCUCUUGGGGGCUGCUUUGGUGUCGAAAACUGCUCUGACGGACGUCUUCAUACUUAAGGAAUCAAAGCAAGAACUUUGAGGAUUCAGACAAUUGAUCCAUGAAUGACAAAGAAACUCUACGAAAAUUCAGUAAUGAAUGAACGCGGUGUCAAACUUUUCCUUUGAUGUAAUUUAUGUCAAUUGCUUUUUCUGUAAUUUCGAGGGUAUAUGUAUAUGUAUAUGUUUUCAACUAGACUCAAAUAUCAGUUAUAACUGCUUUGUUUUGGC